UGUUGUUUUUGUUUUUGUUUCUGUCUGCUGCGCUGUCAAAUCCUCAAACAUAAACAGUAGCAGAAGACCCACCUGUAACGAACAGUCUGGAACACAACAUUUGUCCCGUAAUUAUGAGCUAAUCGUAAAGAAAACAUGAUUUCCAUUAAGCUUAACCCUCAAGAGCUGGGUGACAGCGGGGGCAUUCAGAAAGUUUGCGAAAAGAUUGUAGCCGAAGAGGAAAAUGUUACAAAACAGCUUGAAAAUCUACUGUCGAGACAGUGUCAUUUGGAAGCAAAACUCCGAAGCGUUACCAAAGCACUGCCUAACCUUCAAAUAGUGAAGUCGGAUGCUCAACAUCUCUCAGAAAUGAUAGCCCACACAUCGAACUUAGCUGAGAACGUAAGCGCCAAAGUCCGAAAAUUGGACGAUGCACGGAGCCGUGUUUCGGAAUGUCAGCAAAGAGUUCAUGAUCUUCUAGACCUUCAACUAUGUAGUGAGGGAGUCAAGCUCGCUUUGCAAGAGGAAGACUAUGAGAAAGGGGCUGCUCAUGUGCAUCGCUUUCUGUCCAUGGAUCAGACACUUUUACGACAGACAGCUGAUGAUGUUCAGCAAGACUGUACGGCGGUUACGAACUCUUUUUCCUUACUCCACAAAGCAGCUGAGCUUCUUCAAACUGAAGUCACAGCACGAUUUGAUGAGGCUGUUCGGGCGGAUGACCUUGCAUCUGUUGAGAGAUUCUUUAAAAUAUUCCCUUUGCUUGGGUUACAAGAUCAGGGUUUGAAUAAAUUUUCGGUGUUCUUGUGCUCAAAGCUUCAGGAAACAGCACAAAAGAACUUAAGAGCAGCCCUAGAAACAAGAUCUGCUGACAAAAGAGCCAGCGUUCUUUACGCUGACACAUUAACUCUUUUGUUUGAAGGAAUAGCUAGAAUAAUUGAAAUUCAUCAACCUCUAAUUGAAAGUUAUUAUGGCCCAGGCCGGUUGUUGACUGUUGCAAAUGCCCUUCAAGAAGAAUGUGAUCGUCAAAGUAAACUCAUCUUAAACGAAUUCCGGAAACAUAGACAGUUAGAUUCAGCUCUUGCUCAAGUAGCAGAUUGGCUACGAAGUGCAAACAGCUCUUCAAGUAGCGCUAAUACAAGUGGUGCUACAACAUCCCAGCAAAGUCGCACUGAUCCCAAAAAUCUUGAUCUUCUCCUGGGGGAAUUAACAAUUAUGCAUGCUCGUGCAGAAAUGUAUGUCCGUUUUAUUAGACGAAGAGUACAGAAUGAUGUGGAAGUUGGAGUAUCUGCAGAGGUAACUCGUGGGCUUCUCAUGGAUAAGUUGGAGACAAUGCUCCGUGCCUCAGGACUCUGUCACUCAAUGCAGGCAUUACUUGGGAACUAUCUGCAAUUAGAGCACUACUUUAUGGCAGAGAGUGUUCGAAAAGCUGUUGCUCUUGACCAACUCGAAGAAAACUUACAAAUCCAGCAGACUUCAAGCAUGGUAGAUGAUGUUUUCUUUAUUGUAAGGAAAUGUAUAAGGCGAGCUAUAUCGAGCUCAAGUUUGGAUGGAGUGUGUGCUGUUUUGAACAAUGCAUGUAGUCUUUUAGAGGCUGACUAUUGUUCUGUCUUACGUGCCCAACUACGCCAUGGUUAUAUGUCAGGGUAUUUAGACUUGACUCAAGCCUACAAUGCCCUGCAGAGUUCUAUUCAGCAAGGCAGGCUACAGGCUUCAGAUUCAGAAAAAGCUCGUCUGACAUUCUUGGCCUACCUAAAUAAUGCUGACGUUAGCACAGAAUACAUUGCUACUCUUCGUCUCAGCUUAGGAGAUGAAAUGGCUGCAGCUUUACCAGGCAUGACCGAGAGGGAUAGGGCUAAGCUAGAGAGCUGUCUCAGUGGGCUUGGUGGAGUUACAGCUUCCCUUCGUGCUCUUGUUGAAUAUGGAAUGAGUCAGCUGUCAGCUAGUGCUAUUAAACCAAGAGUCAGUCCCUGGGUCGAUGCCUUUCUGAAUGUUAGUCAUGUACUUACAGAGGAGGAAUUCUCCAGUUAUGAGGCAAACGAACCAUUCGUCCGAAAUCUUGUAGCAAAUUUGGAGUCUCUCCUUUCUUCAUUCAAAUCAAGUCUGACUCCCACAAAUUAUGAUACCCUGGUUAGUAUCCUUGCAACUGAGGUCACCCAUCAAAUGGAAAAAGUUAUUGCAAAGUCAUCCUUCAACAGGUUAGGAGGAUUAGUUUUGGAUAAAGAGGUGAGAGUUUUGGUUGGAUAUCUGACCAAUGCUACGUCUUGGUCUAUUAGAGAUAAAUUUGCUCGUCUUACCCAAAUUGCUACUGUGCUGAAUCUUGAAAGAGCAUCUGAAAUAUCAGAUUACUGGAGCAAUGAACCAGGUGCUAUAGCUUGGCGCUUGACCCCUGCUGAAGUUCGGCACUUCAUGACUCUCAGAACUGAUUUUAGAAGCGAAGACAUCAAAAGAAUAAAACUAUAGGAGUUAUUUUCCUUCUCAUGUUGUUAAAUUAGGAGUUUGGCUUUCUAGACAAAGCUUGGAUACUAUGUAAGUUUUUGAAGAAACAAUAAAAUAAUGUAAGACAAUUUA